ACCUGGGACACUCGAAGAGGCACACGAGGUGGAACGUGGACGGGUGCCUAGCGUCACAGCCUCUGCCGAGGGCACGUACUGACCAGGAUGUCAGACAAGCUCAAGGAACGCAAAAGAACCCCUGUUUCUCAUAAAGUGAUAGAAAAGCGGAGGAGAGACCGAAUCAACCGCUGCUUGAAUGAGCUGGGCAAGACGGUGCCCAUGGCCUUAGCGAAGCAGAGUUCCGGGAAGCUGGAGAAGGCAGAGAUCCUCGAGAUGACUGUUCAGUACCUGAGAGCUCUGCACUCCGCUGAUUUCCCCAGGGGAAGGGAAAAAGCAGAGCUUUUAGCAGAGUUUGCCAACUACUUUCACUACGGUUACCACGAGUGCAUGAAGAACCUGGUGCAUUACCUCACCACAGUGGAGCGGAUGGAGACCAAGGACAGCAAGUAUGCGCGCAUCCUGGCCUUCCUGCAGUCCAAGGCCCGCCUGGGCGCGGAGCCUGCCUUCCAGCCGUUCGCAUCGCUCCCAGAGCCGGAUUUUUCCUAUCAGCUGCACGCCGCGGGGUCGGAAUUCCCCGGUCACAGCGAGGCCACCGUGUUCCCGCAGGGGACGGCCCCUGGGUCUUUCCCUUGGCCUCACGGCGCGGCCCGCAGCCAAGCACUGCCCUAUCUGUCCAGCGCACCUGUGCCACUCCCCAACCAAGCACAACAGCACAGCCCCUUCCUGGCGCAGGUGCAGGGCCUGGACCGGCAUUACCUCAACCUGAUCGGCCACGCCCAUUCCAACGCCCUCAACCUGCACGCUCCCCAGCACCCUCAGGUGCUCUGACGCCCACUCACC